CUUGAUCUUCCAAUUUCUGUGGCUUCUGUCCCUCUAUUUCAUAAUGCUCUUUUCUCCUAUUGUUCGAUCGACCCUUCAAGCACGGGCUGCAUUCCACACCUCUGCAUUCGCAGGUGCUGAGCGUGCUGGUGUGUUUGGCCGAUUCAAUCCCUGGGCCAAGAAACCCGAACCUGAAGUUGUCACCCCUACUUCUGUUGAGACCAACGAAAAUCUUGUAUUAGACGUUAAAUACGACGAUGGCGAAGAAGAAAUUGUUUCGUGGAAAUCGACUAAUAUUAUCAGAGAUUCCGAGGAAAUUAAGUCGGUUGUGCGUGAUAUCGUCUUGGAAAAUAUCUCUGGUACACAUGAAGUGAAUUGGGAGAGUGCAGCUCUUGAGGAUGUAGAGACAAAGUUCAAGAUUGUCAAGGAAUCAAUCAAAAAGACCGGCAAGGAAGUACCCAACAUGGAGUUGAACCAGAUCAAGACAGUGGGUGAUUUGCUCGAUUAUUACAAGCGAUCGGAAGAGGAAGUUAUAGCAGCAUCUUCUAUCGAGAAGUUCUUCGAGGAUAAUCAGACCGAGUUGCCUAUGAACAUGACCUUUGAAACAAGAAAGAAGAACUUUUAGGAUUUUUCUUGUUCUUUUGCCAGUGUUCAAUGAUAGAGUAGAAAGAGAAAGAGAAUUACAAGAGUACGCAUACAACCCCCCUCACCCUCACCCACAUAAUCCAUAUAAUUAACCCACAACGAAAAGAUAAGGAUACAUACGCGUCGUUCAAUGGAUAUAAAAGAGAGAGAAAACCCCUCCCACUUCACUUGGAUAUACAUAAAAAAGAAGUUUUUACACC